AUGCCAGAGAACGAAGAGUCUUUCAACACCUCAAGACCCGCUAACAAGGCUGACACCAUUUGUAUGAAUGAAGUUCCUAAAGGAUCACAGCAGAGGACUGAGCAUGGCAAAAUCACAGAUAGCUCAGGAGGACAUUACCGUCGCUACAAACUGGCUGUGGUGUUGGUCUGUGUUCUCCUCUUGGCUGUUACCGUCACAUUUGGCAUCACAAUUCUGAGCACAAAAGAUUUGCAGCUCAGGUACAAGAACCUUGCUGAAGAGAAAGAUCAACUACCAACACAUACCAACACGACAGCAGAGAGAGGACAGUUGGAGACCAAGUUCAGUGCUGAGAGAGAUGAACUACAGAGGCGUCUUUGUGAACUAGGUCUGAAAACAAAAGAUUUACAGCUCAGGUACAAGAACCUUGCUGAAGACCAAGAUCAACUNCAGCUCCAAUACAACAACAUCACAGCAGAGAAAGCCCAGUUGGAGACCAAGUUCAAUGCUGAGAGAGAUAAACUACAGAGACGUCUUGGUGAACUAGGUCUGAAAACAAAGGAUCUUCAGCUCAGGUACAAGAACCUUGCUGAAGACCAAGAUCAACUGCAGUUCCAAUACAACAACAUCACAGCAGAGAAAGUGCAGUUGGAGACCAAGUUCAGUGCUGAGAGAGAUGAACUACAGAGGCGUCUUUGUGAACUAGAAUCACAUGACAUGAAAACCAUUAAACAACACACAGUGAAUGUGACCCUGGAUCCUGACACAGCAGCAUCCAAUCUCAUCCUGUCUGCUGAUGGGAAACAAGUGAAGUAUGGAGACACACGACAGAAUCUUCCAGACACUCCAAAGAGGUUUAUUAAGUACAUCAAUGUGUUGGGAAGAGAGGGUUUCUCCUCUGGUAAAUUCUACUAUGAGGUUCAGGUUAAGGGAAAAACUGAGUGGGAUAUAGGAGUGGCCAAGGAGUCUGUUAACAGGAAGGGAGAAAUAUUCUUGAGCCCUGAAUAUGGACUCUGGACAAUAUGGCUGAGAAAUGGGACUUAUAAGGCUCUAGCUGGUCCCUCUGUUCCCCUCUCCCUGAAGGGGGAGCCCCAAACAGUGGGGGUGUUUGUGGACUAUGGUGCAGGUCUGAUCUCCUUUUAUGAUGCAGAUUGCUGGAAUCAUAUCUACAUAUUUACCAAUGUUUCCUUUACUGAGAAAAUCUAUCCAUUCUUCAGCCCCGGUCUUAACCAAGGAGGUAAAAAUUCAACCCCUCUCAUUAUAUUCCCAGUCCACGACUGCCCUAACAAGUAA